CUCCGCCCGCCGUAGAUAGGGUGACGAAGCCGACGCGUUGCCCUGGAGCCUGCAAGACGCCGCAGGGCGGCCACUGUGGACAGCAUCGGCGGGGUAGCAAGGUCGCCAUGUCUGUGCUGGACGUGUUGUGGGAGGACCGCGACGUGCGCUUCGACGUGUCCUCGCAACAGAUGAAAACAAGACCUGGAGAAGUGCUUAUUGAUUGUCUAGAUUCGAUUGAAGACACAAAAGGAAACAAUGGAGAUAGAGGUCGACUCUUAGUAACAAACUUAAGAAUCAUCUGGCAUUCCUUGGCAUUAACCAGAGUCAAUCUUUCUAUUGGGUACAACUGCAUAUUGAAUAUUACAACAAGAACUGCUAACUCCAAACUCAGAGGCCAAACUGAAGCGCUUUAUAUACUGACAAAAUGUAACACCACCCGAUUUGAGUUUAUAUUCACAAAUCUGGUGCCCGGGAGCCCCAGACUUUUCACUUCUGUCAUCGCAGUGCACAGAGCGUAUGAAACUUCUAAGAUGUACCGUGAUUUUAAGUUGAGAAGUGCAGUCAUUCAGAACAAGCAACUGAGGCUGUUGCCCCAGGAACAUGUGUACGACAAGAUCAACGGCGUGUGGAACUUAUCCAGCGACCAGGGAAAUUUAGGAACUUUUUUUAUUACCAAUGUGAGAAUUGUGUGGCAUGCAAAUAUGAAUGACAGCUUUAAUGUCAGCAUCCCAUACCUGCAAAUUCGUUCAAUAAAGAUUAGAGAUUCAAAGUUUGGCUUGGCUCUUGUCAUAGAAAGCUCUCAGCAGAGUGGAGGAUACGUUCUUGGCUUUAAAAUAGACCCUGUGGAAAAACUACAGGAAUCAGUUAAGGAGAUCAACUCUCUUCACAAAGUCUAUUCUGCCAAUCCAAUAUUUGGAGUGAGUUAUGAAAUGGAGGAGAAGCCACAGCCACUUGAAGCUCUGACUGUUGAACAAAUUCAGGACGAUGUGGAAAUAGACGCUGAUGACCACACAGAUGCUUUUGUGGCUUAUUUUGCUGAUGGAAAUAAGCAACAAGAUCGUGAGCCCGUCUUUUCAGAAGAACUGGGGCUCGCGAUAGAGAAACUGAAGGAUGGAUUCACACUGCAGGGACUCUGGGAAAUGACGGCCUGAUCUUGAGUGGAGCGGGACUUAUUUAACGAUAUCUCAAGAGCAAAUAAAAGAUACCACUUGCUCGCUACCAGCAUGGAAUAGUUCUUAUACUUAGUGCUUUUAUAUUUUAUAUUUUAAGAAAAGUUUUUAAUAAUUAAGGAAAAACUCCUUAAUUUUGGAAAACUCCUCAGCUUUCUACAGAUUAUAUUUGAAAUUGCAACUGAAAUGUGCCUGGUGUGUAAAAGUUUAUGUUGUACCUAAUACUUGUAA